GGUUCUAGUUUCCAUUUUCUUUUCCUUUUACUGCUUUUCCGGGGCUGGCCACGUUUAAUGUGCCGCCUCGGCACCAUCAUUUGUUUAAUUCUAUUCCUUUCCAUUCCAUCACCUCGGAGCAGCGCCAUCAGUGAUACCAGCGGUUGGCUGGUCAGUCAGAUUAAGGAUCCCGAUCAUCGACGAACGAGAGCCACGAGCCAUGAACGAUACCCUGUCACCGGACAUGAUCAGUCGCUUUCGCGACCUGAAACUGUUGGAAUCUGGCGAAGGGCCCCGACCACAGACGCAGCCAGGGGAGCAUGGGCGCCGCCUGGGAGCUGGCCAAUCGGCCGCGACCAAGUCGCAGUUUAUUCCGGCCAUUUGCAACUUUCAAACGGCCCGGAAGAUGGCCCAGGAAAACCUCGAGCAUCAGCCGCUACCGGACGCAGUCAUCGAUAUUGCCUUCCGGAAAGCGCAGGCCGCCGGUUUUCCCAACCCGGGCAUGGAGCUGAGCGUCGGACCGUACGCCACCGGUGUCGGAUGCAAGAACUAUAAAGCUGGCCCAACCAAGUGCACCAAGUACCGGGUGUAUCGACCGAAAACGUGCGGCGUCAUACCGAAGGUAUCGAGCGCACUGGACACACCCGAACGGCCGGAGAGUAUGCGCGUGAAGAAGAAGGUCGGUGCGAUGGAUCUGGCCAUCGGGUGGGAGUUCCGUACCAAGCACGAACCGCGCUCACAGACGUACAUGGACGGCUCGAAACCAUCGGUGGCACCUCCCAUCUUCGAGGUGGUCGAACCGGCCAAGGAUCUUAACCUACCGGCUGUGGUACACGCUGGCGGUGUGUUCUCCAACACACUCGGUGAGGAGGACUUUUUCGAUCGAGAUGUCAUCCGGCAGCAUAAGCGACUGGUACGUCCCACUAGCAAUCGCUGCAAGUGUGGCAACGGUUCCGGACGAUCCUCGAAGGCCAGCACGGCACGACAACAGAAGCAGCAGCAGCAGCAGCAACAACAACGCCAGCAACAACGAACCAGCGCGGACAGAGAGGGACACCAUCGCCAGCAGCAACACGAUGGUGGCCACGAACCGGUCGCUCCGAUGGAGAUCAACAAUAAUACGCUACCGGCGGUCCGGACGUCGGCACGGUCACACGGAUCGCAGGGCAAGGACCAGCACCAGCCACCCACCAGUGCCAACUCGAUGGAGCGCAAGCUGCACGAUGCGGUCGUGACGCAUGCGGAAAAGAUUGAACGGUUCUGCCACCAGUUCGCCCCGGAGGAGUUCCCGUACAAAUUCCACCAGGAGUAUCGGUGUGCGUUCAAGGCGGGCAUUCCGCAGAGCAACGUGUCCGGUACGCUGAGCAGCUUCGACACGGGACCAAGCGGGGGCGGUGCCCACCGGAAACCGGCCGACUACAAGAAGCUCCUGCACAUUCCGAAACCACGCGAACCGUACACGAAAAAGAACUACGUCAUCGAUACGCUCGCACCGCCGUUCGCGUUCUGGAAAAAGGGCUCCGGCUAUCCGGAUUACUGGCGACUGAUCAGCGUCUAUCAGCAGGCGUACAACAAACCGAUGGAGAAAAGGAAAUAUCCACUGCUGAAGACAGUCUACCAGUGAAGGGGGCCAGCAGCAGCAGCAGCAGCAGCAGCUGUGUCGCCACGAACCAUAACGAUCAAUUAUGCAUCAACCGAUAAACACCAAACCGAACACACCAACUGCAAAUCCAA